UUCCCUAGCUUUAAUUGCCAUUCUGUCUCCAAAAGUCUACUGAAAAUUUGCUCUGUCGUCAAUCUCCGCGGAUCCUGAUCGGAUCGUUGGAAGCUCAGAGUCUGAAUUUGGAGGGCGGAGGAUGGAGAACGCCGACGUGUUUGGCUCGUCGACUUGGCACGACUUCUUGGAGCGCAUGCGACAACCCUCCGCCGCCGAUUUCGUCAAAGCCAUCAAGAGUUUUAUUGUGUCAUUUUUGAACAACCCUCCUGAUCCAGAAAGGGAUAGUGCUGCGGUGCAAGAGUUUCUUAGCAACAUGGAAGCGGCCUUCAGGACUCAUUCGCUUUGGGCUGGUUGUUUAGAGGAGGAACUGGAGAGUGCUGGUGAAGGGCUGGAGAAGUAUGUCAUGACAAAGUUAUUUAACCGUGUAUUUGCUUCAGUUCCAGAUGAUGUCAUAGUUGAUCAACAACUACAUGAAAAGAUGGCUUUAAUUCAACAAUUUAUACAGCCAGAUAAUUUGGAUAUCAAACCAACUUUUCAAAAUGAAACAUCAUGGUUGCUUGCACAGAAAGAGCUACAAAAGAUCAACAUGUACAAGGCACCAAAAGACAAACUUGUUUGUAUCCUUAAUUGUUGCAAAGUCAUCAAUAACUUACUGCAUAAUGCUUCUGUUGCUUCGAAUGAGAAUACUCCUGGAGCUGAUGAAUUUCUUCCAGUUCUCAUUUAUGUUACAAUAAAGGCAAACCCUCCACAACUGCACUCGAAUUUGUUAUACAUACAACGUUACAGGCGCCAAUCACGAUUGGUUGCAGAAACAGCCUAUUUUUUCACAAACAUGCUCUCAGCUGAGUCUUUCAUUUUGAACAUUGAUGCAAAUUCCAUUUCGAUGGAUGAAACUGAGUAUGAAAAGAAUAUGGAAUCUGCUCGUUCUGUUCUGUCCGGCCUUUCAGCUGAUUCUGAGAAUCUGUCUGUGGAACCCAAACAAGAAGCAUUGAAUACAAAGAAGCAUCAGGACCGUCCAAUAAAACCUCAGAUCUCACUCGGUUCCUCUGAAAUGAAAUUCAGGAAUAGGGAGGAAACACCUGGGAAAGAUCAGCGGCCACUACAUGAAGUUCCAUCCAUGACAGAUUUGGAGAAUAAAGGGGCAUCUAUGCUUUUGAAGGAGGAUCAAGCAAGUCGAAUCUUUCAGGAUUUCCCGUAUUUGUUUUCUCAGGCCGGUGAUCUUACAGUCAACGACGUAGAACAGCUUCUGAAUAAUUACAAACAACUCGUUUUCAAGUAUGUUUGUCUUUCUAAAGGAUUGGGUGUGGCAAACCCUUCUCCUCCGUUGUCUGUUUCGCAAAGUCAAUCCCAACAUCAAACUGAAAAUGUGAAGGAAUCUGAAGAUUCUAGUGCAGUCUCACUGCUUGGAGUGGAAAAUUCUGAAUACAAGAUACCCCAAGAUGAAUCAGUAGAAUCUCAAAGCGAGGGAAAUGAUGAGAUUUCCCACAGUUAAAUUCAGUAUACAUGCUAUAUAUGUAGAAUGUAAAAUGGUUAAAUGCAAUGGUGGGCAUUGGGGUCUUUUCCAGAUUUCUUGCUUUGAGUUUGAUGACAAUCAUGUCUGUAUCUUUUGGGUCACAAUUAGCUAGUUUUUCAAUAUAUUUUUUUUUUGGUUACAUAGAGAGGAAAAGAAACAGUGGAAGGUGAAUUUGCUUUCUCAAAUCUAUUGGAAUUAUUUCUUUUAAGCAGAUGUAGCAGUUUUUCAGCUUGAGUAUCUAUGCAUAAGUUGCAUGUUUUUGUGUAAAUUUGCUUGCUCAUUGGAAAUUUAAUGUUUGUUCCCUCC